AUGUUCAGCGUGCCGCGCUUCGACGCCGGCGCCUCGGCCGCCUCGGCGCAGGGCCACGCCGCUGCGCCUGGCGCCUCUGCGCCCGACGCCGCCCUCUCGGCGCUCAAUGCGCGCAUCGCCGCCAAGCGCGCCGCCGCUCCGCCGCGAGCCGGCGCUGCUGCUGGGCCCAGUGUCGCCGCUGCACCCGCGCCGGUGCUGGGUACGGGCCUUGCCAUCCACCCGUCGCGUCUCGCGGCCGCGCCGCUGCUGCGUGCGUCGGCAAACAAGGCGCGCACGGCAGCCGGCGUCGCGGCGCCGCGCACAAAGGCAAAGGAGCGCUACCUGCGCGGCAAGAAGGAGCGCCGCAAGCUCAAGAGCAAGGCCGCUGCACAGACGAGCAGCGCCGCACGGCCUGCCAAGAAGGCACGGCGAGCAGCCAGCGACGCAGCGCAGGCGCCGCAGCCCGCAGCGAAUGAGCCGCCAAUCGCUGCACCAGCACAGCCAGUAGCUGCAGUGUCAGCCAGCGCCUCGUCCUCUGCAUCUUCCUCUGCUUCGUCGUCCGCCUCUUCCUCACGGGCCUCGACUCCGGCUCACGACGAUGAGGACGCGAGCGCCACGCCGAAGGAUGCGGCCGAGCCGCCUCAGGCGCUCAUGCGCUUUCCCGAGCCGCACGCCACCUUUGUGCCCGACCAGGAGCGGCUGGCCGCACAGGGCCUGCCGCAAGGCCUGCGCGAUGCGACCAUCGUCGAUCCGGCGCACCGCGGCACGCUCGAUGCGGACGACGCGGACGGCGAGGCGCACGGGUUCCCGGUCGGGCCGGAGAUGAAGCGUAGACUUGCGGAGCUCGGCGUCAAGGACUGGUUCGCUGUCCAGACCGCUGUGCUCCCACUGCUGCUCGCCGACGACGCCGUUUCCACCUCGCUGUACCCAUCGCACCCGGCACGCGACCUGUGCGUGUCUGCCCCGACGGGCUCGGGCAAGACGCUGGCGUAUGCGGUGCCGCUCGUCGUGCGGCUGCGCGCACGUAUCAUUCCGGCGGUACGCGCGCUCGUGGUGCUGCCCACGCGCGAUCUCGUCACGCAGGUGCUCGCCACGUUCGACCGGCUGUGCCGCGGCACGCCGCUGCGCACCGCUGCGCUCGGACUUGGCAGCUUCGCCAGCGAGGCAAAGGCGCUGGGCGAGAGCGUCGACAUUGUCGUGGCCACGCCUGGCCGUCUGGUCGACCACCUCAACGCCACGUCCGGCUUCACCCUGCAGCACCUGCGCUGGCUGGUGAUCGACGAGGCAGACCGGCUGCUGGCCCAGAGCUUUCAGAGCUGGCUGCCACGGCUGCUCGGCGCGCUGGAGCCGGCGCAGAAGGACUGUGACUCCGCUGUGCUGGCUCCGGCGUGGCUGCGCCAAGAAGCGGCGGGCCGCGGCAUGCCACACGUCCAGAAGCUGCUCUUCUCCGCGACGCUCACGCGCGAUCCAGCCAAGAUUGCUGCGCUGGAGCUGCGCCAGGCGCGCUUCAUCUCCGUGCGCAGCGCAGCGGACGGCAGCCGCACGCACACGAUCGAUGCCGCCGACGAUUUUGCGCUGCCGGCCACGCUGCGCGAGCACAUGGCCGUCGUGGCGCCGGCGGACAAGCCGCUCGUGCUGCUCUCGCUGCUGUACACGCGCGAGGCGCCGCUGCGCCGCGUGCUCGUCUUUACCAAGAGCGUCGAGAGCUCGGGCCGGCUGCUGAAGCUGCUGCAGUUCUUUGCCGCGCAGUGGGCAGGGCCGGCGGUCAGCGCCGAGGAGUACUCGAGCGACCUGACGCCGCACCUGCGCGCGCGCGUGCUGGCGCGGUUUAAGCGCGGCGAGAUCGACGUCCUCAUUGCAUCGGACCUGAUCUCGCGCGGCAUGGACCUGCCGCACGUCGACCACGUGCUAUCCUACGACGCGCCCGUCGACAUGGCCAAGUACGUCCACCGCGUCGGACGCACGGCGCGUGCGGGCCGCGAGGGCGACGCCUGGACGCUCGUCGAGAAGCAGGAGGCGCGCUACUUUCGCGCAAUGCUCGAGCGGAGCGCGCGCAAGGCCAAGGUCAAGAAGCUGCCGGCGCUGGAGGAUGAC